UGCGUUGAAGCCAUGUAUAGAGAACGGAUGGAUGAAUAUUUGUUUUUGUCGGACAAAUGUGUUUUUCUCACCCGCUGUGGUAAUCACAUCUGAAAGUGGUUUAUACCGGCGGAUUCAUGAGAAUCUAAGCUUUCCAUCGGCGUAUAGUGUUUGUAUAAUUGGGUUUGCAGCCGUCGGACUUUCUUGAAAUUCCUAUGCAAAUUAGUAGGUGUACCGCCGGCGGUACACCUACGACGCACUGAAGCGUAAAGGGUUAACUGUGUUUGACUUUUGCCAACUGUGCUCACCAUUAUGCAACACAGGUGCAUCACAAUGACAAUAGGUUGACAAGAUGUGUCUAAACACGUGAAAAGUGCUUAUGGUUUUGCCAAAAGAGUGACUGAUUCAAUAAGUGGGUUCAGGCAACUGAGAAUUUGGUUCAGACAAUAGGGUUUAGUGUUUUAGCAAUUGAGAAAAACUGUAACACAGCCUGCAUUUCCAUCAUGCAUCUCAGCUAAACAGUUAAUCUCAUCCCCAAAACUGUUUCUCGCCAACAAAACACUUCAUACAUGUCUCAAAAUAAGCUAAUUCAACCACAACACCAGCAAAUAGUCUCACUUUGGAAACAAACGCUGUCACGCUGAGCACACUGAACCACAAAAUACCAACAACAGAGAGCAUUAAAUGAAAUCAAGUUUAAUCUUUCAAGUUUGAAUGAUUUCUUUUUAGAUAAAUCAGUAUUUUAAUAUAAAAUAAGAUCUUUGCAUUUGAGUGUUCUAAAUUUUUGUAAUAUAUUGCACCAACAACACAUGUAUACUGUAACAUUCACAACCUGUCAUCUGCAUUUGGCCACGUUUCCAUUCACGUCACAUCUCAGAUCUUCUCUGAUGCUCUGUGGGUAGAACCUUUUUAAGUGUCUUAUCCACCCCUGGCAGGCCUCAGGAUAAAUAUGUCUACACCCCACAUUCAUUGCAUCCAGCAAGGAGAGCUGGUUGUGUGGAGAGUGAUCAUAAACUUUCCACCUCCACGCUGAAAAGAAUUCUUCUAUGGGGUUCAAGAAGGGCGAGUAUGGAGGUAAAAACAGCACAGACAUCCUGGUAUGUGCAGUGAACCACACAGUCACUGCAGCAGAGUGGUGGAAUGUCACAUUGUUCCACACAACAACAAAUGUAGUAUUUCUUACCCUUUGACCAAUCUCCACUGCUGGCAUUAGUAGAAUAUGAAGGUCAUCUAAAAAAGAAAUGAGUCUCUCUGUGUUGUAUGGGUCAAUGAUAUGGCGUCAUAAUUGGGUCAAAAGUCGCACGCGCAUAACACUCUCUCUCGCGCGCGCGAAACACGUACCCCGCGCGAGCGUAAAAAAGUCUCCAUGGGCGCAAAAACGGUCUGUGUGUGCGUGGCAAUGUCUCCGCGCACGAGGAGCCUCCUACGCACAUGGAGACAUUGCUACGCCUCCGUGUAUGGUGCCAUAAUUAUCCGUGGAGCUCUGACCUACACACGCGGGGAGAAGACUUUUGACCCUUUGUGGGCGGAUACCAGUGCUCGCCACAACGUCCCUAUGAUUGGCUGUCUGCGACAGCAAGAACUCACCCCCCAUGUGGGAUGCCACUGUAUACAAGAGACGAAAUGACACAGUCCACUGGAGCCCCUUUGAUGCUGCUGCCACUGUUCUGCUGUGCCCAUGGACUGCAGCUCCGCCGAACACACACAGAACCGAGGGAGGACUUCAACAACUGGAGGAGGUGUUGCAGCGGGAUUACUUUGUGCACGGUGUAUUUUUGCAAGAUGACUGACGAAGUGACGUGAGCAUCCUGUGUGUGUGUCUGACUCUACACACACCUUUCAUCAGUUAUAGCCACUAGUUAACCACACAGCUGCUGAGAGGGUGAAGUAUGCCUGACUUCUUUUUGUUUCUGUUACUUCUGAAAUGGGUAAAGUGCAUCAGAGAGAUGUAUUAUUUUACUGUCAGUGAGUUGCAGUGUGCAAGGUGUUUGCACGGCCCUGUUGUAAAGCGUGAACUUCUGAAUGAUCUCACUUACAGAUGUACAGGAAACGACAUCUGCACUUCUGUUUCUGUUCUCCUUAUUAUUGGAGAACUGUUGACUUUAGGAGUUAGUUCAUCUCAGGACAUCACAUCUAUAAAGAUCCACACAGAGAAGAGAAACAGAAAAAAACAGAAGUGGAUUUUGUGACUUUACUUGAUUGGAGAAGGCAUCACUGAGAUAUCACCAUGUCAGAUGCUGGAGUGAACAUCACCUUCACCACCCUGCAGUAUGACUAUUCAUAUUACUAUGACUACCCGGACAUCAUUCCCUGCAUCUCUGUCAGUAUGAAAGACUUCAUCAAGGUGUUUGUGGCCAUUCUCUACAGUCUGGUUUUCAUCCUGGGCUUCAUAGGUAAUGGCCUCGUGGUGUGUGUCCUGGUGAAGCAUCGCAACCAGGCUAAUUUGACAGACAUCUGCCUCUUCAACCUGGCUCUCUCUGACCUCCUCUUCGUCAUCGUGCUUCCUUUCUUCUCUCACUAUAUUGUGGUCGGCCAGUGGAUCUUUGGAGACUUUAUGUGCCGCUUCACCUCUGGCUCCCACACCGCUGGUUUCUUCAGCAGCAUCUUCUUCAUUGUCGUCAUGACGCUGGACCGCUACAUGGUCAUCAUGCACGCUCACAAGACGGUGGGAUAUCGCACGAUGAAGGCAGGCCUUACUCUGACUGUGUUGGUUUGGAUUCUGAGCUUGUGUGUCUCUCUGCCUGUCUUUAUCUUCACUAAGGUGACAAAUGAAUCUUAUGGGUACGGAUGUUCCACGUCCCAAGACGAGUACUGGACAAAUUACGACCUGUUCACAACAAAUGUACUGGGUCUUGUGAUUCCCUUGCUGGUGAUGGUAGUUUGCUACUCCAGGAUCAUCCCCAGGCUGGUGAACAUGAGGACUGUAAAGAGGCACCGCGCUGUCAAGCUGAUCAUCGCUAUCAUGGUGGUCUUCUUCUUGUUCUGGGCCCCAUAUAACAUCUCCCGUUUUUUGAAGUUUCUGCAGUCUAAAAAUAUGCUACCAUUGGAUUGCACCUGGGACCAAAACAUAACACUGGCAAUAACAGUGACUGAGGCCAUUGCUUACACUCACUGCUGCCUGAACCCUGUCAUAUACGCCUUUGUGGGGCAGAAGUUCAUGAAACGAGUCUUGCAGAUGCUGAAAAACUGGGUACCUGGAAUCUGCAGAAAUUUGCCAGAAAGCUCAUUCAGGAAAAGCUCAGUUGUGUCCAGGUCCUCUGAUGCCACCUCCACUUUUAUAAUGUAGGAAGAACUGAUGAGUGAAAUCUGUUUUAUCAUCAGCAGAGUUUGACAGCUUCCAUCCAGGUAGCCUCAUUAUUCCUGCAGAUCAUGCAUUCUUCACUUUACAAUAUUUUUGCUUUGGUUGUUUUCCACUUUCCACCUAUGACAGUUGUAUUGAUCAGUGUUUUAUUGUUAGAAGCUUCAUAUGCACCCUCAAACACCUUUGACAUCAUUUCCCUUUUGUGUUUGCAGUGGAGAAUCUUGUUUUGACUAUAAGCUCCCACAUGCACAGGCCCAUUUAUUUUGAAAUAAGUAAAGUGUGACCAAAUAGCACCAGCAUGUGCAGCGUUCAUGACUAGUAUUUACCCCUCUUAAGUUUCCUUGCCAUUCCACACUGAAACAUAAUCAAUAUAAUAUUUGGUUUGUCAAUUAAUUAAAAAUAGAAAAUGCAAGUGACUGGAUAUGCAUUCACCCUCUUCAAGUCAGUGUUUAGUAGAUACACCUUUGGCUGCAAUUACAGCAUCAAUCCUGUGUGGAUGGAUCUCAAUCAGCCUGAACAUCUGGACAUUGUCAUUUUACCUAAUUAUUCUGCAAAACUGUCAGAUUACGUACGUAUUGUGAGUGAACUGUAAUUUUUCAAGUCUACCCACGAAUUCUCAGUUGAAUUGAGGUCUGCGCUCUGACCACUCCACAAUAUUCACCUGUAAACCAUCUCUGUGUAGCUUUCGCUGUAUGCUUAGAAUCAUUACCUUGCUGGAAAACAAAUCAUCUCCAAAGUUGUGCAUCAGUUGGAGACUGCAUCAUAUAUUUUGCUCCACUGAUUUUACCUUCUACCUUUACAAGCCUUCCAGGACCUGCUGCUCCUCACAUCAUGGUGCUGCCACCACCAUGCUUCACAGUGGGGGUGGUGAGUUUGUGAUGAUGUGCAGUGUUUGGUGUCUUACAAGCAUGGUGUCUAGUCUGUUGAACAAAAACCUUAAUUGUGGUCUCAUCAGAUCAAAGAAUCUUCUUCAGUAGACUUCAGAGUCUCUUGUAAACCUUUCUACUUUUUAUACGCAUUUUCUAAACUCCAUGAAAUGCCCCUCCCUCCCCUGCUGACGCUGAGAGGAAACUAAACAGUGUUUCAAACCUGUAACCACAAAGUUUGUUUGCCUGCGCAUGUAUCUGAAAACCUUCCUGUUUUACUAGGUUUCUUUUCACACAUAUUGUUUAGCCUGCAACUUGGUGGAAAAAUAUAAAAUAUCUAAAAGCUAAAAGAAGAAAUCUCUUUCAUAACAUGGAAUGAAUUAGUCUUCACUUUCAUGUGGAAAAAGUCUUCACCAAAAACUCAAACUCAAAGCGACAACAGUGGAACUAGUUUCAUCUGGUACAUUUUGCACAUUGAUAUGUCAUCAUCUAUGAUUCGUUGAUAAUCUGUUGAUGGCAAGCAAAUUUGCCAGAAUUGUUUAAUGCCUCACUUUUGUGUGUGUGUGUAUAUAUACAGAGAGAGACAGUCGGUGUGUGUUUAGGUGAAUAUUGUGAUUUAUAGCUGCUUGCAUUCUUGUACAUUUUUGUCUCAGUUAAUGAUACUGCUAUUUUUCAGAUGUGAUUUGCACAACAUCUGUACAAUGCCUUACAUGUAUUCACAUAUUUUUACUUAAUGCUCUAUUACGCAUUUGCAGAUAUUCUUGGUUAUACUCCUUUUUGUUGUUGUGGUUUAUUUGUUGUAUGAUGUAAGUUUAUAUCUGUACUUUGCCACCGGAAAUUAUUAAAGUUUUACAUUCUUUUAUCA